AAAAAACUAUUGAAAAAUUAAAUUAAUCAAGCUAUGCCUCUUCAACCAGCUCAGCAGAAUGCAAUUGAGCCAAUGCAAGUGGAUGUUCAGCCGGAAGACAAUGAGAAUAAUGAAGAAGAAUAUAUAUCGGUAGAAGAUCCGACAUUGGAUUUAGAGAGUUAUGCAAAUUCAUACACAGGAUUAGCUAAACUAUAUCGUUUAAUAUUUAUUGCGGAUCAUUGUCCAACAUUGCGCUUAGAAGCUAUCAAAAUGGCCAUUAAUUAUGUUAUGGCGACAACAUAUAAUGUCAAUAUGUAUCAAAUGCUUCACAAAAAGCUUGCCGACUUGAAUUCAUCUGCUCAACAAUCAGCAACUGCUGCUUUACCAGAUAUAGCGUCACAGUCAGGAAAUUCAUUAGAUAUACCUCCUUAUGACUCGGUAUGGGUUGAACAAAAGACAAAGAAAGCAGCACUUAAAUUAGAAAAGCUCGACAAUGAUCUGAAAAACUCCAAAUCAAAUUCAAUUAAGGAGAGUAUUCGAAGAGGACAUGACGAUUUAGGUGAUCAUUAUUUGAGCUGUGGUGAAUUAUCAAACGCAUUAAAAUGCUAUUCAAGAGCUAGAGAUUACUGUACAAGCGGACGUCAUGUUGUUAAUAUGUGUCUCAACGUUAUCAAAGUUUCAAUUUAUCUACAAAACUGGACGCACGUACUGAGCUAUGUCUCGAAAGCAGAAUGUACUCCUGAAUUUUCAGAGACUCAAAAUCGAGAUCAGAAUCAAGCAACAUUAACGCGCCUCAAAUGUGCUGCCGGCUUAGCUGAAUUAGCUACAAAGAAGUAUAAAUUAGCUGCAAAGCACUUUCUUCAGGCAAAUUUUGAUCAUUGUGACUUUCCAGACAUGAUUUCAUGUAACAACAUUGCCAUUUAUGGCGGAUUAUGUGCAUUGGCUACGUUUGAUCGUCAGGAAUUACAAAAGAAUGUCAUUUCAAGUGCAUCAUUUAAAUUAUUCUUGGAACUCGAGCCACAAGUUCGAGACAUAGUGUUUAAAUUUUAUGAAUCCAAAUAUGCUCAGUGCUUGAAGCUUUUGGACGAAAUGCGUGAUAAUUUACUUCUCGAUAUAUAUCUUGCACCACAUGUGAAUAAGCUCUAUACAAAAAUCCGAAAUCGAGCCCUAAUUCAAUACUUUAGUCCUUAUUUAUCAGCCGACAUGAGGAAAAUGUCUGAAGCUUUCAAUUGCUCUGUUGCUGCAUUAGAAAAUGAAAUUAUGCAACUCAUUUUAGAUGGUCAAAUUCAGGCACGCAUAGAUUCUCACAAUAAAAUCCUUUAUGCAAAAAAUGCAGAUCAGCGUAGUUCUACAUUCGAAAAAGCAAUCAAUGUUGGAAAGGAGUUCCAACGACGAACACGAAUGCUCGUUCUACGAACUGCUAUGCUCAAGAAGCAAAUUCACGUAAGGGCCCAGACACGCGAGAGACAAGAAGAAGUCUUAAUGCCAUCAGGAUCUCGUUCUGAUGCGCGAAAUUAGCAACAACUUGCAUCGUCAUCAUCAUCAAUCUAUUCGCGUGUGAUGCAUUGGUUUUAAAGACGACAAAAUUCACAGAAUGUGCAUAACACGCCGUCUAUAUACAUACAAUACGUUAGCUUAACACAUCCUUCAUCUCUUUGAAAGAAGUCUUUUUGUUAUUGCUUUUUUUUUCUUCUUCAACAACAUAUGAUCCAAUCAGAAUGAUAACAAAUGAUUCAAAAAAAUGUCUAGCCAAAAAUGAAGAUUACUUUCCUUUUUUAUUAUUCUAUUAGAUUUCAAUAUUUUUGGCAGAGAUUGUUUAAAAAACUGAAAGAGAUA